ACACUUCCCAUUUUCAUGACUUAUUUUCCGCAUUCUAUUUGGUUCUGGGGAGGAGGGGGAGGGGUUGUGAAUAACGGAUUGUCAGCUCCAGGUCUAGAGUCCAGGUCACAGCCGGGUGUGAGGACACACCCAGAUUAUAGCGCCACACCUUGGCCUGAGGACACAGAGCAGACUGGAGAUCCUCAGCUCCCAGUAAUCAUGGUGCCUUCUGAACUGGAACAGGCAAUGGAGAGCAUGAUGUUCACCUUCCACAAAUACUGUGGGGACAAGAACCACAUGAACAAGGACGACCUCCAUAGACUGAUGCAAACCGAGUUCCCUGAAUUCCUAAAGAAUCAGAAUGACCCCCUGGCUGUGGAUAAGAUAAUGAAGGAUCUGGAUCAAUGCCGGGAUGGGAAGGUCACCUUCCAUAGCUUCUUCUCCCUAAUCGCCGGUCUGACCAUUGCCUGUAACGACUACUACUGUAAGAACAUGAAGGGCAGGAAGUGAGGCCGACCGCCGCCACCGCUUCUAUAUCCACCUAUCGCUCCAGACUGCUCCAAAGAGGACCCCAUCUGUCCACUCAUUCCACCCCAAAGCUAUAAUAAAUGCCCCAUGUUUUUGUAGG